GUAGGAUGUUUGGCUCACAGGCUGGUUGGUGGCUUCCUAAGUGAGGGAUGGUGAGAGCAGCAGAAAGGAUUCAGACAAGAAAUGUAAAAAAUGUACAGGGUUCCAGUCCUAGUGACCUGGUGCUGCAAACACCAGACACUCCAUACCAAUGUCCACUCAGAAUGUGAUUCUUGGAUUUGUUUUUAUGCCAAGAUGGUGGCACCUGAAAGCCUUUAACGGUACCCAAAUCUGACAGCUGACUUUAAUAUGUACUUUUUGGUUGGGACUGAUCAUGCAGUAGGCUAAGCAACCCUUUUUGUUUAUCUGCCAAAUAUAGGCUAUAAAUAAGUGGGGAGCACCUUCAGCACCCCUACUUCCUGCGGCUAUGGGGGGACAGUGGGAUGCAACUAGAAGGGUCAUUUUCUUCAGUUUACUCCCAAAACACAUUUUGCUGUUAAUUCGACAGUCUGGCUAAAGUAUGGCUUCACUUGAUAUGCUGAAAUAAAAACUCGGUAAUUCACGAAACCGUGCCCGGUCCUGCGUUUUCAGUCGCUAAAACGUUAGGCCUAUUUGUGCGUUUCUGUGUGUGUUGUGUGAGUGUUGUGUGAUGACGCGUUGAUCCGCAAGCCAUAAGGGGAUCGAUGGAGACGGGUAUAGAUGGAGACAUACCGAUAGAGGGAGGAGAGACAUUGUGGCACUAGAACUGUAGUGCAUGGGAAUAUCAAGUAGAGAAAGCGAUAAAUAUAGCUUCAACAAGGAGAGAGAGAGAUAGAGAAAGCACGGGCUGUGAAUUCGCGGACGACAUGAGAGCUCUACAUGAAUAGUAUACAAUGCUUUAAAACUCAGCGUUUUGCCUUACAAACGUGUUGUCCGAAGACAGCCACUAAAACGGGACUACACAUCAAAUUCAGGCAGUAGGGGGCAGCAUGCCUGAGCAGAGUAAUGACUACAGGGUGGUGGUGUUUGGAGCGGGGGGAGUGGGGAAGAGCUCCCUGGUCCUACGCUUCGUUAAAGGCACCUUCAGAGACACCUAUAUCCCCACUGUGGAGGACACCUAUCGACAGGUGAUCAGCUGUGAUAAGAGUGUGUGUACGCUCCAGAUAACUGAUACAACAGGCAGUCACCAGUUCCCUGCCAUGCAGAGGUUGUCCAUAUCUAAAGGACAUGCCUUCAUACUGGUCUACUCUGUAACCAGCAAACAGUCACUGGAGGAACUCAAGCCUAUCUACCAACAGGUGAUAGCCAUAAAGGGGAACAUAGAGGCCAUCCCCAUCAUGUUGGUGGGCAACAAGAGUGAUGAGACCCAGAGAGAGGUGGAGACUAAAGAUGGAGAGGCACAGGCGACCACGUGGAAGUGUGCGUUCAUGGAGACGUCAGCUAAGACCAACCACAACGUGACCGAGCUGUUCCAGGAGCUGCUCAACCUGGACAAGAAGAGAAACAUGAGUCUCAACAUCGACGGGAAACGGUCCGGAAAACAGUCCAGAGCUGAGAGACUGAAGGGAAAAUGUAGUGUCAUGUAGAGGAGAGGAGAGGAGAGGAGAGGAGAGAGAGAGAGGGAGGGAGGGAGGGAAGGAAGGAAGGAGGUCACAAGGAAGACAGAAAGUGAGAGGAUAAAAGACGAACAGAAGAGGGGGAGAGGAAGAGAAGAGAGACGGAGAAGAGUGAAGAGAGGACCACUGGUGGGUUCUAUACCUCACCCUCUCAGUAUCCUCUCUCGUCUCCUGUCUACCUGACCAGGUUCCUAACCCUCCAUACAGUCCCACUGUAGUGAAAAUAUUUGGGGGGGGGGGGUAGUCUGAAGACGACUCAAACCCUGCAUCUGUCAGCAUCAGUCCAACACCUCAGCCAUCACGCCGUGAGGUCCCAACCUCUUGGCGAGGUCACUAGAUGUUACACUAGGGACACUCCAACAUAAUGUACAUAUCCUAUGAAUACAUGACCUCCCUCCCUAGCACCUCUGAAAGACACAGACAGUAAUACCCCCCUAACCGUCUCUGUCAUCAUGCAAAAUGAAGAAUCCUCUUAACUCCUCAUUCAAGUGGCUUCAAAAUGGAUCGAAAUCAUUACUUGAACUGGAGAAACGCUGAACUUGUGCCAUCAACAAUCCCUCUAAGACUUUAGCUCAGUGUUAAAACAAGGGAAGGGCAGUAGUUCACGUCUGACUUGGAAUCAGAGGAAAGAGAACCUGGGAAAGAAAGAUGUGGUAGUUGGAGUGAAAUGUUAAGAAGUCUGCCUGGGACACUUGGUAGUUGGAGUGAAAUGUUAAGAAGUCUACCUGGGACACUUGGUAGUUGGACUGAAAUGUUAAGAAGUCUGCCUGGGACACUUGGUAGUUGGACUGAAAUGUUAAGAAGUCUACCUGGGACACUUGGUAGUUGGACUGAAAUGUUAAGAAGUCUACCUGGGACACUUGGUAGUUGGACUGAAAUGUUAAGAAGUCUACCUGGGACACUUGGUAGUUGGACUGAAAUGUUAAGAAGUCUACCUGGGACACUUGGUAGUUGGACUGAAAUGUUAAGAAGUCUACCUGGGACACUUGGUAGUUGGACUGAAAUGUUAAGAAGUCUACCUGAGACACUUGGUAGUUGGACUUUGGUUGGAUGGACGAUGGACUUGAAACGUUUGGAGUGGACUUGGAACAUGUGAAGAGGUAUUAGAAAAGGUGGUUGUGGGAUUUGGACUGGGAAUACUGUGGGAUUUGGACUGGGAAUACUGUGGGAUUUGGACUGGGAAUACUGUGGGAUUUGGACUGGGAAUACUGUGGGAUUUGGACUGGGAAUACUGUGGGAUUUGGACUGGGAAUACUGUGGGAUUUGGACUGGGAAUAUUGCGGAUGAUGUCGCUGGGAAUGUUUGCGUCGGUUGGCUUUGGCCCUUGUUGUUUCAUGUGAGGAGCCUUUCUGUUGGCCUUGUGUUUCCCAUGCCAAGCUGCUGAAUCCUCUUCGUACACAGAGAAGCACAGAGAGGAUGGAGUGACGACUCUACUCGACGGAGGGAAGACACUCGAUUAGUUUUAUGCCAUGCAAAUACCAUCACAUUGCACUUAAUGUCACACACACACACACACACACACAUAUAAAUGCACACACACGCACAUGCUUUUUGGAGACCAGUGGUCAUUCACCAAGUGUAUUCCUACAUAGUAUGUACAUGAAAAAGGAGUGAUGUAAUUAUAUUAUUGUCCCAAACACCUCUAUUGGUUUAUGUAAAGCAAUAAGGUUGUUUGUCAAAGUACAGAAUAUAUAUAUAUAUUCUGUACUCCCCAAAUAAUAACUUUAACCAUUAGGGGGUAAAUGCAAAACUGAUCUUAGAUCAGCAUUUAUGGACAAAGUCAUCCUACUUACUAUACAGGAGAGCUAAAAGCACAAUCAUUUGAUUGACGUUGUGUUUUUGUUUUACCAUGUUCCGUUAUCUAUCUUGCAGAAUAAAUGACAGCCAAUAUAUUUUGAACAGAGGUGGAGGAAGGAGGGAGCAGCUCUCCUGUAGUCAUUAUUCCAGGUGACUUGUAAUGUGUACAGUAUUUAAACGUGUGAAAGAGCA